AUGUUGGAUGGUUCAUGAUGCGUUUACGUUUACUGGCUAACGAGCCCAAAAGCGUCGUUUAAUUUGAAACAGUUAAGACAAAGCAGCUAUUUUAUCGUCCUAUUGUUCAUUUGUUGUCAUGCUGGCUUUAUUCAAACCUUUGUUUAGCUUUUAAUUGUCGGUGUGGGAACAAUGCCGGUACCGAAAAAGCCCGUUUUAAUGUUUUUAAAGUAUAGUUCUUUGCUACAAGGAAGCUAGCCAGAUUAGCACUAGCCGUAUCAUUUCAUAAUUUCGUUACAAUAUAUAAUGUUUAUUUGUAUUUUACAUUGUGUCAUGAUAGCGUUGCGGCACAUAUUCAUCAAACAUUCACUGGAAUGGAUGUUCUGAUACAAGGUCCAUUUAAGCUCUGUAAUUAAGACAAACAGAACCGGUUUUGUUCGCUAGAUAAGGUUUAUUUAUGUCCGACUAAAGUCCUGUUUUGUGGACUUUGGACUGAAAUGUUCCUUUUGGUUCAGAAGGAGGACUGCUUGUUGUGGUGAGUUCUUCCUGCAGGUCCCUUUGGUCUAAAAAAAAAAAAAAAAAAGGAAAGAAUCUUCGAGAUGUUCUAUUUUUACUCCAUGGUUCUUCUGAUCCACACACCUACUUGUGCGAGCUUUUCUAAGACCUGCUAGAACUUUAGUGGACUUUCUACCACCAUGACUCUGACGCUGCACGCUCCCCUUGUGAGGACACUUGGCCUGUUCGUGGUUGUGGUUGUGGUUCUGCGGGCGGAACCAGACACAUGUUUCUCCAGACAGCACCAGAACGCCAUUGUCAAUGUCCGAUUGGCCUUCAACGUGACCGGUAGCGCCAUGGAUACCCGCGUGGUCCACUCGGAGCAGGACUGUGUUCUGGCCUGUUGCUCUCAACAGGUCAAGCCAGGUGCCAAGUGCAACAUGGCCGUCUUCAACGGCAACAAGACCGGCGGUGAAGACAACUGCUUCCUGUUCCACUGUCCCACCGAGCAGGCCUGUCCUCUGAUGGCUCAGUCAGGUGUUCGCACCUACGACAUCUACAAAGGCAUGAUUCAUCCAGCCACCAUCAGGCCUGUUUCCAUGACAACCAGCACCACCACUGCUCCACCGCCUCCUACCACCACGACAACACACUCUUCUACCACGCCACCUACCCCCAAAGCCACUGCCACGCCCAUUUUUCCAUCCGCAGCGCCAACCACCACACUGGCAGUAAAGGCCACACCCACAAAAAGACCAAACAAGACGAGCAAGAAGCAAAAUAAAACAACCAGAAAAGGAAAAGGUCAUGCUGUGACGGUGCACUCUACCACGACGUCCGAGGAGGUGCUCGCUACUACUCUGACUCCUCCUACGACUUCUGCUGCCCUUCCUACCACUGUUUCCGCCACCAGUUUGGCUCCUCCUACUACUUCAGUGGCUCCUCCUACAACCAUGGCUGCUACAACUCCACCUUCUACAACCAUGGCUGCUACAACUCCACCUUCUACAACCAUGGCUGCUACAACUCCACCUUCUACAACCAUGGCUGGUCCCACCUCGACUACUACCACUUUGAUCAUGGCUCCUCCCAUGACCAGGUCUACUACGACUGUGGCUCCUCCCACUACUACUUCAACCACAAGUCCUCCCAUCACAAUGGCUUUGACUACAAAGGCCCCUUCCACACCUCCUCCUCCCCUUCCCGGCAGGACUGUGGCUUCGAGCACGAUGUCAGCGUAUGCUGGCAGAACAAGUCAGAACGUGGUCAUCGUCCCCCACAUUGACGUCCAAGCUCCCCCCACCCUCCGUAACACGGGCAACACUCGGGGCAAAGCGCCAACAGCGGCACAAGGGGCGUUAAGAAUCGGUGUGGUGGCGUUUAUGGUCGUAGCCAUCGCCGUGGUAUCUUUGGCGCUAGCGGUUGGUGGUCGUAAGGCGAUGGAGUCGUUCGACAGACGCCAUUACACCAGACUGGAGCUCAAUGACUUGCACUACGACGUGUAAUCUUUUGCAGGGCCUAAAGGGGCGUGGCCACCUUUUGCACACCUUUUUGAUACAUGACAUCAUCCCAAUCAAAGAUCAAUAUGAGGCGGCGUCUCCAUCAUGCUACUGCAAAGACGGAAGGAGGGAACAGCAAUACUUAGGUCCUGUGAAACUCAGGAAGCUUCUUAAUUAAGACUUUAAUCAACUUAAUUAAAUUGAUUAAAGCUUUGAUCAACUUAAUUAUUUGAAUUUAAUUAAGUUAAUCAUAGCUUGAAUUGAUUUAGUUAAUUAAGGCUUUAAACAUUAUGUCACCUGCAUGUCUUUUUGUACUUCACACUUUCAAGAUGGAGGAAUUAUUUACUAUCAACUAUUCUAUCUUGUGUAUUUUCAGAAAUGCAACGUGCAUCAUUUCAAAUACUAAUAGUUCGUUAAGGAUAAUGACACUUUUCCUAGUUAAGCACACUGGCCGUGCACUUUUUUCCGUGCACUAUUUUGCUACUUGUUUAUAUGAAGCUGCUGCAGCGUGCUCUGUCCGCUAGGUGGCAGCAGCAGGCCGCAUCACACUUUGUUAUUGUGUUAUUUUGGGUGUUUUGUUGAUUUUUUUUUCACUAGGUUCAAUCCAAAUUUGCUUUGGUUUUGUUGUCUAGUGACGCUUAUGCAGAAGUUUGGAAAUUGGUGUUUUUUCUUGUAACUAUUAAAAAUGUGAUUUUUUUGCAGGAA